GACUCCGCAGCAGCAGGGGCGGGGAGCUGGUGGAGAAUGGAGGUUGAAGGCAAUGCAGUUCCUGGAGCGAGUCCUGCGGAGGGUGACAAAGCUGGUCAAGGGACUGGAGCAGCUCUCUUACGAGGAAGGGCUCAGGGAGUUCGGCCUGUUCAGCCUCGGGAAGAGACGACUGAGAGGGGACCUCAUUAAUGUGUAUAAAUAUCUAAAGAGGGGUGCCAGGAAAAUGGACCAGGCUCUGCUCGGUGGUGAAACUAAUGCAUAGGAAGUUCCACCUGAAUAUGAGGAGAAUUUCUUUCCUGUGCAGUGGCUGCGAACUGGAACAGUUGCCGAGAACGGCUGUGCUGCACCGUGUACCCCCGGACGGCCCCGCCCGGCCGGGGCGGGUACCGCUCGACCGCCGUGGCCCCGCCCCGCGGCCCUCAGGGGGCGGUCUGGCCCCGCCCGCGACAGGAGGCGGGGCGAGCCCGACCGGGGGCGGGGCUAGGCGGGGCGGGGCUAGGCCGCCGGUGCUAACCAUGGCGGGGCGGCGGCGGGCGGGCGCUGCCCGGCGCCGUCGCGGGCUGAUGACGCGAGCGGUCGGUGCGGCGUUUCCCGGUGUCGCUGUUCCCGGUGCGAUGGGAUUGCGCGCCCCGCGCUGAUGGCUGCCCGCCGGACACCGCACGGCUCCGAGCCGGAGCCCAGGGUGGAUGAGUUCACCGUCCCCGCCGAGAAGAGCCGCCUCCUGGAGCGCAGCCGGGACCGCAUCGAAGGCUUGUUCGAGGUGCGGCUGGCCGUGCUGGGGGCGCAGGGGGACUGGCGGCCCGCGCUGCAGCCGCCCAACGCCAGCGCCAGGAUCUGGGUGCAGCUGGCGGGCUGCACGAAGGCCGUGAGCAGCGCCAAGGAGUACAUCAAGGGAGUGUGUGAACCUGAGCUAGAAGAAAAGGAGUACUACCCAAAGGACAUGCACUGCAUCUUUGUUGGUGCACAGAGCCUGUUUCUCAACAGUCUUAUUCAGGAUACCUGUGCUGAUGUAACAGUGCUGGAAAUGGGAUUGCUCAGUAUUAAGGGGGGUGCAGAAGCUGUUGUUAUGGCUCAAAGUCAUGUGCAGCAGUUUGUGAAGCUUUUUGAGAAUAAUGAAAGUUUAUUAAAUGACAAUGAAUCAGAGAUUAAAAAGCAGUUCAGACAAUUUGUGGAAGCACAUGCAGAUAAGUAUACAAUGGAUUUACUGAUUUUGCCUAGUGCACUAAAAAGAGAGCUCCUAGCUCUCACCAAAACUGCUGUUUCUGAAGGGAAGAUUGAUAUCAUAGAUCUCACAGGCUCUGAAAGCCCUCAGCAACUUGGACAGAAAAGCACUUCCAAAGUCAUUGCUGCAAACAGAGAAGGAAGGGCAGGUGGGGAGGAAGCAAGAAGCAAUGCUGGCACACCUGUAACUGAGCUUACAAAGCAAAUGGACACUGUAUUUUCUGAUGCUUCUGAAACAAGGUUUGUUCCCAUAAAGGACCCUCUGUUAGAGGCAGUGGCCUUUAAAGAGAGGCAGUCAUGUAAAAGAAGGUCCUCUGAUGAGGAGGAAAGGCUCCCUAAAAAGCAUUUCUCUUUGGAAAAUGAUCGACAAGUGAAAUCUGCUUUACACAAGAAUCCUUCAGACCCUGAUGCAGUUAUUGAUCUGGUUUUGGAUAGCUGCACAGAAUCAGAUGGUCCUACUUACUGCCUUAAAGAAGGUGAUACUCUCACUGAGGAAAUGGAAUAUAAGAUUCUUGUGAACUUUUUCAGAACAAUGGGAUAUUCCCAAAAUAUUGUAGAAAAGGUUAUCGGUAUCCUAGGACAAUCUGUGGAACCAUUAAUAUUGCUAGAAGAAAUUGAAAAGGAAAAUUUGAAGUUUAAAAAAGAGCAUGAACAGUCGUCUCAAAAGCCUACAACUGUCAGUCUUCCUUUAGGAAAUAAUGUAAAUAAUUCACAAAAGCUAGAAGACAAAGGCAUUUCUGGGAAUAAAAGUCCACUUAAAUCCAGUCAUACUUCAAAGGAGACAAAAAAUGAAUAUCCCCAAGUAAGAGGUGCUCCAGACACACAAGUUGGUGCAGAAGAUAAAAUGCAUAGAUUGGUAUGCAAAUCUUCUUCCCCUCCCAGCAAAAAUUCAGUUCUGUGCUAUAAACAGAGAGAUGUUUAUGGCCCUGGUAAGAAUCACAACUCGAUGGAAACUGAUGGCGGGGUUGCUUCCAGCACCGAGCACGCCGGAGCUCUAAAAGGUGUGGGCUUUGUAGCCAGAGGGAGCUCAGAUGUGCAGUAUAUCUCAAGUAAGAGUAAAACUGCAUUUCAGCAAAAAUCUGCAGGGCACUCAACUGUACAGAACAGCCACCCUGGUUCUGAGGAGCAGCUGGGACACUGCAGCUCUUCCCAAGUGAGGCCUCUCCACCAGCGCCUUUCCCAAACCUCACAUUGUGACAAUCCUGUCCCAGACUGGUUACUGUCUUCACAAAAACACCCUUCAAAUCCAGACAGAGGCACAACAGGACCACAUCCAGAUCAUUCAGUUACUGGAGUUCAAAGAUUUUUGGACUCUCUGAAGAAGCCAUACAAACUGGAGUUGAUAAAUGAACCUGGAAAACCUUAUUUAAAACAUAUAAUUAUUGAUGGAAGCAAUGUUGCAAUUUCUCACGGUCUGAGGAAAUUCUUCUCCUGUCGAGGAAUUGCAAUAGCUGUUGAGUACUUUUGGAAACGUGGCCACAGAAAUAUUACUGUGUUUGUUCCACAGUGGAGAACAAGACGUGACCCUUCCAUUACAGAGCAGAAUUUCUUAACACAGCUCGAGGAUGUUGGAAUAUUGUCUUUAACCCCUGCAAGGAUGGUUUUAGGAGCAAGAAUUGCUGCUCAUGAUGACAGAUUUUUGUUACACCUUGCUGCUAAAACUGGAGGUGUUAUUGUGACAAAUGAUAACUUCAGAGAAUUUGUGACAGAAUCAUUUGCCUGGAGAGAAAUUAUUCAAAAAAGGUUGCUCCAGUACACUUUUGCUGGUGACAUAUUUAUGGUUCCUGAUGAUCCUUUGGGAAGAAAUGGACCCAGAUUAGAUGACUUCCUUCGAAGUGAAGGCUGUUCUAGAGAUUCCUGGUCAACACACAAGGCUUUACAGAACAGUGGACAAUAUUCUCCUGAGACACCCUUUUUCCUCCCCAAAGUGAGCAGUAGCAGUCGACAGCCUGGAGGCAGAGGGCACGAUGAUCGUUCACCCCCAUUGCUUCCACGGGAAGAAAACACAGAGCCUUGUCCAGCAAUUCCACCACAGAGAUCUCCCUCAGAAACAGCCCAGCUAAGAGAAGCCCUGAUCAAAAUUUUUCCUGACUAUGAUCAAAGGCAGAAGAUUGAUCAAAUACUAUCUAAUCAUCCAUUCAUGAGAGAUCUUAAUGCACUGUCUGCCAUGGUGCUUGACUGAAUGCUUACACAGCUUUGAUAUCACAACUGCUCUGACUAACAAUUAUCAAUGUGAAGAAAAAUGUCACUCUUUUAUGUUAUUUUGUGAAUAUUAAAAACCUAAUUUUAUUUGUAUAAAAAAAGAUAUUUUUGUGUAUGUUCUGUUGCUAAUAGAUGCCAGGUUUUGGUAAAUUAAAAACUGCUGCUACUACA